AUGUUCUUCAAGGCCUCUCACCUCGUGGCCGCCCUGGCCCUUUUCGAAGGGUCGUCGGCCAAGGACUGGUUGAGUCCCGAGUACCGGUUCUUCUACCAGUUUCCUCUGCCCAUCCCGCCCGUAAAGAAGCCGAAGCUGUCCGUCACCAACCCGGUCACCAACAAGCAGAUCGACUACUACGAGAUCGACAUCGUGCCCUUCAAGCAGCAGGUCUACCCCAACAAGGGACUGACUUCGCUCGUUGGCUACGACGGCAUCUCCCCCGGUCCCACGUUCCUGGUCCCCAGGGGCCGUGAGACGGUUGUCAGGUUCACCAACAAAGCUGUUCUGCCAAGCGCCGUCCAUCUCCAUGGCUCGCCCUCUAGGGCUCCCUGGGACGGCUGGGCCGAGGAUAGGAUCUUGCCCGGGCAGUACAAGGACUACUACUACCCCAACAGCCAGAGCGGCCGCUUCUUGUGGUAUCACGACCACGCCAUGGACAUUACGGCGGUGAACGCCUACUUCGGACAGGCCGGCGCCUACAUCAUCCAGGACCCCGCCGAGGACGCGCUCGGCCUCCCGAACGCCUAUGGCGUGAACGACAUCCCCCUGGUGCUGUCCUCCAAGCAGUACAACAACGACGGCUCCCUCUUCUCCCCCGCCGGCGAGACCGACAGCCUCUGGGGCGACGUCAUCCACGUCAACGGCCAGCCGUGGCCCUUCUUCAAGGUCGAGCCGCGCAAGUACCGCCUCCGCUUCCUCAACGCCGCCGUCUCCCGCUCCUUCAUCCUCUACUUCAAGCGCCAGACCGGCGGCGCCAACAUCCCCUUCCAGGUCAUCGCCUCGGACGCCGGCCUGCUCACGGGCCCCAUCACCACGAGCACCCUAACCAUGUCCAUGGCCGAGCGCUGGGAGGUCGUCUUCGACUUCUCCAAGCACGCCGGGCAGAACAUCACCCUCCUGAACCAGGAGGACGUCGGCAAGGACAAGGACUACGGCUUCACCGACCGGGUCAUGCGCUUCGUCGUCGGCCGCGGCCCCGUCGCCGACACCUCCGUCGUCCCGGCCCGCCUGCGCGACGUCCCCUUCCCGCCGCGUCAGGGCAACGGCGUCGACCGCCACUUCGAGUUCCACCGCCAGAACGGCCUCUGGAAGAUCAACGGCGUCGGCUUCAGCGACGUCCAGAACCGCAUCCUCGCCCGCGUGCCCCGCGGCACCGUCGAGAUCUGGGAGUUCGAGAACGGCGGCGGCGGCUGGACGCACCCCAUCCACGUCCACCUCGUCGACUUCCGCAUCCUCAGCCGCACAAAGGCCAAGCGGCCCGUCCUCCCCUACGAGGCCGCCGGCCUCAAGGACGUCGUCUGGCUCGACGCCGGCGAGGUCGUCCGCGUCGAGGCCCACUAUGCCCCCUGGGACGGCGUCUACAUGUUCCACUGCCACAACCUCAUCCACGAGGACCACGAGAUGAUGGCCGCCUUCAAUGUCACCGCCCUCGCCGACCUGGGCUACAACGAGACCUCCUUCGCCGACCCCAUGGAGGCCCGCUGGAGGGCCGUCCCCGUCUCCGCCGCCGCCUUCAGCACCGACGCCAUCGUCCGGAAGGUCCAGUUCAUGGCCUCCCUGCAGCCCUACAACAACGAGGAGGAGGUCCUGCGGAGGCUCCAGCAGUACUGGGCCACCCGCGGCGGCGUCAAGAUGAGGCGCGUCGCCAGGGCCGAGCUGGAUGCCGAGGCCAUUGACGGGCCCGAGCAGUAG